AUGUCUUUCCAAAACUUCGAUUCCUUCCCCAACCAGGCCGAUGGUGCCGCUCCCGGCCCCGGUGCUCCCGAUGCCGACACUGCCAUGGCCGGUCAGCCCGAUAUGGCCGCUGCCUCCUUCCAGGGUCCCGCUCCUGGUGAGCCCAACUCCGCCGGCCCCCAGCAGGGCGCCGAUGGCAAGACCACUCUCUGGAUGGGUGAGCUCGAGCCCUGGAUCGAUGAGAACUUCAUCCGCAACCUCUGGUUCCAGAUGGGUGAGCAGGUCAACGUCAAGAUGAUCCGUGACAAGUUCUCUGGGAGCAAUGCUGGAUACUGCUUCGUGGACUUCUCCUCCCCUGCCGCCGCCGCUAAGGCCCUUUCCCUGAACGGCACCCCCAUGCCCAACACCAACCGGGUCUUCAAGCUGAACUGGGCUACCGGCGGCGGUCUCGCUGACCGCAGCCGUGACGACCGUGGUCCCGAGUACUCCAUCUUCGUUGGUGACCUCGGCCCAGAGGUGAACGAAUACGUUCUCGUCUCUCUCUUCCAGAGCCGCUUCCCCUCGUGCAAGUCCGCCAAGAUCAUGACCGACCCUAUCAGCGGCAUGUCCCGCGGCUACGGCUUCGUCCGUUUCUCCGAUGAGAAUGACCAGCAGCGUGCCCUCACCGAGAUGCAGGGUGUCUACUGUGGCAACCGCCCCAUGCGCAUCUCCACCGCUACCCCCAAGAACAAGGGCCCCGGCCCCAUGAACCAGUUCACCGACCCCAACAACACCACUGUCUUCGUUGGUGGUCUGUCUGGCUACGUCACUGAGGAUGAGCUCCGCUCUUUCUUCCAGGGAUUCGGCGAGAUCACAUACGUCAAGAUCCCCCCUGGAAAGGGCUGCGGCUUUGUCCAGUUCGUUCAGCGCCACGCUGCCGAGAUGGCCAUCAACCAGAUGCAGGGAUACCCCAUCGGUAACUCUCGCGUUCGUCUGAGCUGGGGUCGCUCUCAGAACAACUCCGGCCCUGCCGGUAGCCCCUACCGCCCCGCUCCCCCGCCGCCCCCCAUGUACCCCUCCAUGGGGAUGCCCCCGGCUCACCAGUAUGGCGGGUUUGCCCCGAUGAAGGUUAGCAGUCACCCCGGCAGCCCGGCCCCAGAACACUCUUGA